AUGAGCCCCCACGCCAACGCCAACGGCGCCGCCCUCGAAGAGACCUCCGACGCAAUCGACACCGUCAACGUCCUAAAGCAAACCCUCAAGUCCCAAUCCGAGAUCCAAGCCGCCGAAAAGGGCCUUUACGAAGAGUCCGAGUUCGACAAGGAAAAAGACAAGACCCAGUUCCGCCAGUACGAGGAUGCCUGCGACCGCGUCAAGAACUUCUACAAGGAGCAGCACACCAAGCAGACCGUCGCCUACAACCUCAAGGCCCGCAACGACUUCCACUCCAAGACCCGCGCCGUGAUGUCCAUCUGGGACGCCAUGGAGAAACUAAACACCCUCAUCGACGAAAGCGACCCAGACACCUCCCUCAGCCAGAUCGAGCACCUCCUGCAAAGCGCCGAGGCGAUCCGCCGCGAUGGCAAGCCCCGCUGGAUGCAGCUGACCGGCCUGAUCCACGACCUGGGCAAGCUCCUCUUCUUCUACGAUGCCCGCGGGCAAUGGGACGUCGUGGGCGAUACAUUCCCCGUCGGCUGCGCGUUCGACGAGCGCAUCAUCUACGGGGCCGAGUCGUUCACGGACAACGAGGACUUCAACCACCCGAUCUACUCUACGGAAAACGGGAUCUACAGUCCCGGCUGUGGGCUUGACAACGUGAUGCUCUCGUGGGGCCACGAUGAGUACCUGUACCAUGUUGUCAAGGAUCAGAGCACGCUGCCUGCCGAGGCGCUGGCCAUGAUCCGCUACCACUCUUUCUACCCCUGGCACAAUGCGGGUGCGUACCGGCACCUGAUGAACGAGAAGGACGAGGCGAUGCUCAAGGCUGUGAAGGCGUUUAACCCGUACGAUCUUUACAGUAAGAGUGAUGAUGUGCCGAGUGUGGAGGAGCUGAAGCCGUACUAUCUCGAGCUGAUUGAUGAGUUUUUCCCCAAUAGGGAGAUCAAGUGGUAG